AGUGGGUUGUCAUUAUGAGAAUUGAGAAUGUAACGAGCGUGAAUUCUCGUUACGGGGGUAACUUUCGUGGAAGAUUAUAAAUUUUGUUUUUUUUGGAAAACGUUAAAGAAGGUCACAUAAAGUAGCUUCUUGUGUGAAGUUGGUGGCCAUGGCUGCUGCGAGCUUGUCGCUAAACGCGCCUAUGUGCUACAAUCAUCCUGAGAAGCGAGCGGAUUUCAAGUGUUUUGAUUGCAAAUAUGAUAGAAUUAUCUGUCUGUGCCCUCAGUGUAAUAUUCAAGUGCAUAGCCUGGAUGUUUUCAAGGCACACAGAUAUGAACAAAUAGAAGUCUUGGGGAAACAACGGCGAUUGUCACAAGAUGUCCAAGACAUUGAAAAGUUACUUGAGGUGGAGAAUGAAUUGCUCCAAAGUGUGCUGACAAGGUUAAAGUACACAGAAGAAGAAGAGAAGCAAACCUUAAACCAGUUGGUGCAAAUGCAAUUAGCCACCAAAAGGAGAGUUGCAGAAAUCAAAGGUUGUACAGGAGCAGUUGAAAAAGCUUUUCAGUAUCUGGCAAAAGUGUCCAACAUGCUGAUACAAUGUAGUACUCCAGAUAAAGAAAGUAGCAGUGAACUUGAUCAAGCUGUUGCAGAUACAAAUGCUACAGUGACUAUAAAGCAACCAGACAGCUCUGAGUCAGAUUCCUUCCAACAGCCAACCUCUGUCCCUGCCCAGGACACACUACCUGGCAAUGAAGAGCAAGAGGUGCCUGAGGAACCUAAAGUUCAACUCAGUAAGGAGAUGGAAGGCAAAGAGGUCUUCCCUGUCAGCGUAAUUGGAUCACUGGCAAGGAAUGGAUCCUUCUGGAUUUCCAAGACAGGAGAACCAGCAAUAGAAAUGAGAAAGGAGAUUGUAAUGGCCAUAAAUAACCAUUAUAAAAAGCAUGGCUUUGGAAACCCUGUUGUGCCAAAAGUAGGUACAUUUUGUGCAGCUCUUAACAGACAGAGCAAGGAGUUCUGCCGUACCAGGGUUGAAAGUGUACCGUCCUCUGAAAAGUGUAAGAUCCGGUUUCUCGACUAUGGAUUUGUUGAGGAAUCUGUGCCUUCAUUUCUUUGUGAACUUUCAUCUGAUCUGGAUGAGAAAUUUAUCCCAUAUCAGGCAUUUCAAGCUUGCCUUUUAUCAAAUUUGGAUACUCAAUUGCCCUAUGAGGCAAAGUGGUGCUUCAAAGAUCUGACGUUCAGUAGAGAAUUGAUGGCAGCAGUUCAAGGCCAGGUCAUUGACAAGAAGGGCACUGUUAUCUAUCAUCUGUUGUUGUCUACUUGUGGGGACAACGCUGUGUGCAUCAACAGCAAGGUGGCUCAACUAGUGGAGGAACAAAAGCUUGCAACAGAGGACCAUCCUGCUCAGCCAAGAGAAGCAAAAGCAAAUGCCGAAGAACCUGUGGUUCAAAAAGAUGCCAGUGAAGUACAGACUCAAGACACUGGUGGAACAUGCAAUCUUGCUCAAGAGGUAGACAGUGAACAUGCCGUAUCCUUUGGAGAGACGGUGGCAAAGACAGACACUGAGCACAGUGUUUCUGACGAGAAGGUCACUGGUAAAGACAAAAUUUCAGUCAAUGCCGAAAUCAUUGGUAGCAAGCAAACACUUCGUCCCGAUGCUGAAGAGUUUGUCCCUUUAUCCCCAGAAAGGGAUAAAGUGUUAGACAAGAUAUCUUCUCUACCUGCGUCCAAACAAGCCAGAAUCCCUGGUAUACUGCACCUUCCUGGGCAAGAUUCAUUUGCCAAAGCAUUAUUUAUGUCUGAGAGUAAGGUCGACAAUGUACCUAGUUCUGACCACCUACCCAAUGAUAUGCCAGCAUCUGAACUCCAAACCAAAGAUGUACUCGUGCAUGACCACCAGGGUAAUCAGAUGUCAGGGCUUAAGGAUCAAGCUGAAAACAUGCCCACAUCUGAAAGCCAGACACAAAAUGAGCCUACUUCUGAAUAUUCAGUUGAGGGCGUGGCUAAAAAGGUGCAGACAGAGCAAAAGGUCACUGAUGUGCCUGCUUAUGAGCUCUUGGUCAAAAAAGGAUCCACUUUUCAGCACCUGGGAAGUGAGGCUCCCACUUUGGGGCCAGAAGUCAAUGAAGUGUUUUCAAUCGAGCAUUAUCGCAACGCAGUGCCAGAUAACCACUUAUCUGUUGGUGUUGUUGAUGUCGCAAUGUACAACUACAUCUUGAACAAAUGCUCUGUGAGUAUGAUUUGCAUGGAGGAACUACCAUAUGCUCGUUUUGUGUUGAUCAAGUCAGACCCCAGGCGAAUUAUCGAAGCCAUGAAGUUUGAUAUUUGGUGCUCCAAUACGAGAACUAAUAGAAUGUUAAAUUUGGCCUUGAACAGUGUUAGAAAUGGAGGCAGGGGCUCAGUGUUCCUCCUGUUUGCAGGACAUAAAUUCAUCAAAUUCUGCGGUUUGGCUGAAAUGUUAACCUCUGUUGACCCGACACAGAGCUGUCCCAUGCUCAAUGAGCCUUUUAAAUUUGGUGGAAAGAUGGUUGGAAGAUGUGACAUCAGGUGGAUCUAUGCUAACAGCCUUUAUUUUAAGGAUAUAAAGUUUAGACCUGAAAGUCGUGUCUCUGUCGGGUACUUCACGGAAGCUAUGGACGGCUGCGAAAUUGCUAAUGACGUGGGACGGAGCAUUGUGAAGGCUUACGAAAGUAUCACUUACUUCAACUCAAUUUUGCAAGAUGCUAUCAAUACUCGCCAGUCAAACAUCGACAAUCAAAAAGAGAAACAGCUCAGGAGUGAUGCCGAGCUACCUUGGUGGAAAAUUGCCAAAGAGGAGUUAAGUGAUGAUUCACCAGCAUCUCAAGAAGACUGGGAUCAAGAAAUGGAAGACAGCUUGAAAACUUCUGAAGGGCCAGGUACUGGUAACGACAAGACAGAGAUCUCUGGUGAGGUCAACAGCGAUGACUGUGAAAACCUAUCUGUCGAUUCCACAAAUGUCAGCAGUGAUGGACCUGGUCACAGUGACCAGGGUGCUGAUCAAAUCGAGAGUGACAAAGAAGUCGUUAUUAAUGAGUAUGACUCUCGUCGGCCUAAUGCAACAGUCAUGGAGCGGCUGGAAAGCAGUGAUCCCAAUAGGAUUAAAAUUGAGAAAGACACAAUUUCUGCUGAUAAGGAACCUGAUGGUAAUAUUAAAAAUGUAGACAUUGCAGUGGUCAAUGAUAUAACCUCUCAGCCCUUGAAUAGUGAGGAGGAAAUUCCCAUGGAAAAAAGGGACCCGUUAACUGAAAACAACAGUCGUGCUCCCUUUACAUCCAGUGACAAGGAAAAUCGUUCUUCUUCCCCGAUAAGUCCAGCUGGAGCGACAGCUGAAGUUCCCGGUGACGCGCAUGAUCGGGAAUGUAGAAUGCUUUCCAAGGCAAGUCCUGAAGAAACAGAAACUGUCCCGUCCAGUGAUGGGAAUGACUGUGAGGUAAGAACACCUUCCAAAUCGAGUCUUGAAGAAGCAGCAAUUGUCCCGUCCAACGAUGGGAGUGAUUGGGAGGUUAGAACACCUUCCAAAACAAGUCUCGAAGGAGAUAAAACUGUUCCUUCCAAUGAUGGGAGCGAUUGGGAGGCUAGGACACCUUCCCAAACAAGUCUUGAAGGAGUAGAAACUGUCCCGUCCAAUGAUGGGAGUGAUUGGGAAGUUAGGACACCUUCCAAAACAAGUCUUCAGAGGGAUGUGGGUGGACCAACCAAUGCGUCAAGUUCUCUUUCCAAGACUACCAUUGAAACUGAUACAGUUGCUAAGUCCACUGAUAUACGUCCUCUGGAAACAUCAUCAAAGACAGGUGAAAGAGUUAAUACAGUCACACCACUUUGUGCCACAAGUGACUUGGAAGCAGGAAUUCCGGAUAAGAGUCUUCCUCAAGAACAAAGAGGAGUUGUGCCAACCAUGUCGACAACAAGCUUAGACGAAGAAUUCGCAUCUCAGUUCAUAGGUGGGAGUGAUUGGGAGACGGGCACUCCUUCUAAAACAAGUCUUGUUGAAGGAACUGCAAUUGGGCCCUCUGGCGAGAGUGACUGGGAAACUAGAACACCUUCCAAAACAAGUCUUGACACAGACUUAUCAGCCCAGCUCCCACCCUUGAGCGACAGGAAUACAGAGAAUCUUCUCAAGAACAGUCUUAAAACAGAAAUGGCAGAGUACCCCGGUGACUUAAGUGAUCUGGAACCUGGAGAACCUUCCAAUUCUAGGCUCAUUCAGACAACCUCAGUGGCUGAUGGCAGGUCAGAUGACAUCCCAGCCAUUGCAGGUCUGGCUAAUAGCGAGUCGUGUCGGGAAGUGUCUUCAAGUUGCUUGCUGUCACCAGAACUACUUUCUCAAGAAAGCACAGAGGAAUUAGUGAUAUCUGACUACGUACCCCUUGAGAUAGGGAAAGAACAUUCUAUUAUAGUUCAAGAGAACUUGACAAACAGUGGCACUUUUUGGGCCAAAAUUACUCGAGCCAGGAAGGAGGAAGAUGCCUUCGUGGAUGCCAUGGUACGCAUGGGGACCCACAUAGAAGCCAGCAAUAAAACCCUUGAUCCGAGUGAGAUUUUUAUAUACAAGCAGUGUGCCGUGAAGGGGCGAGAUGAGUAUUGGUACCGUGCUCUUGUAGAGAAAACCCUGGACAAGGGAAAGAUUUGCAUCCGACUACUGGACAUUGGUGAUGUGUGGGAAGUGAAUCAAAGAGACCUGAGGGUGCUUGAUGACAAGUUUUACACUUCUCCUCCUGCCCAGGCUUUUGAGUGCUGCAUUGUGUACUCGAAUUCUGCCAACAAAAAGGAGAAGACUCGAAUCGCCAAACUCGUGAGAAGAAACAAAAAAAUCCGAGUUCUGGUGAAAGGUUACAGUGCGGGUACUGUAGAGGUUCAAGUUCUGUCGUAAACAAGAUGAUUCUUAUUUAUCAGAUUAUUUUACGAAAAUAGAACGUUGAUAUCCCGAACUCUCACGGUUUUGUUAGUCUUGGAUAUAUCUUUAAUGUUCAUACUAAGUGUAAGAAAUAUUUUGUACGCUUUCAUAAGUUUUGUAAAAGUUCUUACUUGCAAAAAGAUGAAAAAUUUACCCAACGACGUUCCUUUUGGUGCAUUGCACCAGACAAAAUAAUUUGAUGUUUUUCCAAGUUAUUUAUUGUAACGAUUUCAAGGUUUUUCUCUGUGUAAAUAAUAAAGCUGCUUUCGUUUCUUUCCGUUUA